AUGAAGUUCCUCCUCCUCGCCUCCCUGCUCUCUCUUUCGGUUGCAGUAACCGCGGCCCCCAUCACCCAAAAUAGUAAACGGACCGAAAACAGCGAGAAUCUCUGGACGGCAGAGCAGAUCUGGAACGAGAAGCGCGCGGAGGACUCCGUGAUUACUUGGAAUGUGGAGCAAAUCUGGAACGAGAAACGCGGUGAAGCAGCUGAGAGUGUCUGGAGCGCUGGUGAGAAGCGCAGUGAGGGCUCCGAGGAAAUGUGGACGGCGGAGCAGCUCUGGAACGAGAAGCGCGGCAAGGACGCGUGA